AUGUCAAUAAUCUCUUUAGAUCUCGUUUCACAAAAACAAAAGAAACUAGAAAAAGAACAAUUUUUGUCUGAUGAACCAAUAAAACCUGAAGAAGUAGCUUAUUAUGCAGAAUGCAAACAAUAUUAUGAUAUCACAAAAAUGCCAUUGAUAUCUAUUUCUGAUGAAAUUUUUAAAAAUGAUAUUAAAUUAACGUCAUCAACACUAAAAUUUGCUAUUGAUGUAGAUUACAGUGAAUUUGUUUUACAAAAUUUUUUAAAUAAAAUUUGCAAUAUGUUGGAUAUCGAUAUAGAUGAUAUUGAUAUUAAAAAAAUACAAAAAGGCAGUGUUUCAAUAGAAAUGGAAAUUUUUAAGAAAAUCGAUUCUAAACUGCAAAAAAUUAAAAUUCUAUAUAAAUCACUGACGAAUAAAGUUCGAAAGAAAUUGGGUCAAUUAAAGAUCUUCUUUAUGUUUAUGGGUGACAUUACGUCAUUAAAUAAAAAACAACAAUUUCGUAAUGCAAUUAAACUACAUCCUGAAUGGAAUCUUACAUAUGCUAUAGGUCAUACAUACUGGAAAGGUGCUCUCAAUGAUGACAUAGAUCGUGGUAAUCAACCAUAUUAUUGUCCUGUUGGAUGGAAAAGAUAUGCUUUAUAUGUGACGGAUAAAUUCCGCGAGAAAUUUACAGGAUGGUGUAAAUGUUAUCAUGGUACAAAAUUUUCAUAUGGAUUAUCAAUAUUAUUAUGUGGACUCAAACCAGCAGAUCUUGCACAACAUGGCAGUGGCAUAUAUGCUACUCCUUCAAUUAUUUAUGCAUGCCAUCCAAGAUAUUCUGAAAUUAAACGCAUUGAAACACCAGAGCAAAAGAAUGUUUUUAAAUCUGGUGAAUAUAUACAAUUCGUCUUAGAGUGUCGUGUUCAUCCAACUAAUAUUAAAAAAAUAGCGGAGGAAACAUUAAAUGCUGGAGGCAGUACUAUUGAUUCUAAUAUUAGUAAUAAUGACAUUGAAUGGGUGAUAGAUGAUCAAACUAAAGAGAUAGUGGAUUUUAAUGAUCCAGAUGCUUCUAUUAUAUGUACAGGGUUAAUGAUACGUGUUACCGAUAAUCAUCCUGGUUUAUUAUCUGAAUCAGAUUGGUGGUUCAAAUCACAUUUAUGUAACAGGAAAACAUGUUGUUGUUUAGGUAUUGAUCUUGACGAGUUAAAAAGACAAAAAGAAACAACACAUACAUGUAAUAUUAUGUAUGAAUAA